CCCCCAGCAUCCAGCCAAUGGGAGAUUGCAACCACAGAAACCACACCGAACCUGCAGCCUGUGCAUCCUCCAUAGACACACACUGGAGAGCCUAGACUGUACCAUCCUCCCUGCACAGAGGGGGGAGAAGAUUGGAUCAUAAAGUCUGCUGAGCAUCAAUGCAUGCAGGAUUUCCCUGGAGGACAAGAUAAAGUCCCAUUUCUAAAAAAGACCUAUUUCACCUUCUAAGCAUGCUUGCCCGGAAAGGCUUAAUCCAUGAAGAAUACUUGAUAACUAGACUUGCAGAAGAUAAGGAUGCCAACCCUCAGUACAAAGCCAAGACCAGAAAAGCCCGCUUUGUGACUAAGAAUGGCGCUUGUAAUGUGGCUCAUAAGAAUAUUCGUGAACAGGGACGUUUCCUCCAGGAUAUCUUCACCACUAUGGUGGACCUCAGGUGGCAACAUAGCUUGCUCAUCUUCACUAUGACAUUUAUAUGCAGCUGGAUGCUGUUUGCUAUGGCGUGGUGGCUUAUUGCCUUUGCUCAUGGAGAUCUUGAUCCCAAACGCAGCAAUUCCAUACCGUGUGUCACUAACAUUCAGUCUUUUACUUCAGCCUUUCUUUUCUCCAUUGAGGUCCAGGUGACCAUUGGCUUUGGGGGACGCAUGGUUACGGAACAAUGCCCCUUGGCUAUAACGAUUCUCAUCAUUCAGAACAUAUCCGGCUUGAUCAUCAAUGCUGUCAUGCUGGGGUGUAUUUUUAUGAAGACAGCUCAGGCUAACCGUAGGGCUGAGACUUUAAUAUUUAGCAAACAUGCUGUUAUAGCCUGUCGUGAUGGUAAGUACCGUUUCAUGUUCAGAAUAGGUGACCUACGCAAGAGUAUGAUCAUCAGUGCUUCAAUCAAGAUCCAGGUGGUCAAGAAGACCACAACCAAUGAAGGUGAGGUCAUCCCAAUCUCUCAAGUAGACAUUCAAGUAGAAAACCCUGUUGGAACAAAUUCUAUUUUCUUAGUCUCACCACUUAUAAUAAGUCACACAAUUGAUGAAAAGAGUCCUCUAUAUACCUUCUCAGCUUAUGACCUUUGCCUCCAGGAUCUAGAAGUGGUGGCCCUACUGGAAGGAGUAGUAGAGACAACAGGUAUAACUACCCAAGCCAGAACGUCUUACUUGCCUGAAGAAAUUCUUUGGGGUCAUCGUUUUGUCCCCAUUGUUGCAGAAGAAGAAGGCAGGUACUCUGUUGACUACUCUAAAUUUGGAAACACAGUUAAAGUGCGCGGACCCCUAUGCAGUGCCAAAGACUUGAUGGAAGGCAAAUACCACCCACUUUCUGGGGGUGGCCACACUUCUAGAAUGUUGAAGAAAAGAAAAGUAGACAAUCAUGAACCUUCUAUUUCUAAAAAGAAAACGUCUAGAGAAAACUCACCCCAUGAUUCUUUAUCUGAUUCCUAA